UCCGGGGGAGUAGUGAAGAAGACAGCAUGGUGAAGGGACCUUCAGUAUUUUGUAGUCUGUCAACUUCAUAGAAAUUAAACUCUUUGCUUAUUUUCUCUCGUAGUAUAUAAAGAACAAUCAUACAUGGGUUGUUGAUCCAAAGUAGGUCUGCAUUUAUCAUGGAGCCCAUAAUGAAUCAGAUUCGCUCAAGAGUCUUCCAGCGCCUCCACAGAGCCGCAGUACUACCCCGGAGGAAACAUUCAGGAUGUGCUGAACAAGCUGCUGUUCCCGCCACCACCAACUCCAGAAAAAACAAACCCACGCUCCUGGUGUCGCGCCUCUACCAGCCCGCAAACCUGCGUGACAUGGGACUGCAAGGGGAGAUGACGUGUAAGAGUCAAAGGCUCAUGCAGCAGGCCGGGCUCAUCUAUCAGUCCAACCCCGGUUGUUACUACUACCUCCCUGCUACCGUCCGCUCCAUGGAGAAGCUGGUGAGAGUUAUUGACCAAGAGAUGCAGGGGAUCGGUGGGCAGAAGCUGGACAUGCCCAGUUUGUGCUCAGCUGAUCUCUGGAAAACCAGUGAGCGCUGGGACUUGAUGGGAAAGGAGCUGUUUCGUCUGAAAGACCGCCAUGGAGCCGAUUACUGCCUGGGCCCCACACACGAGGAGGCAGUGACCACUCUGGUGGCUCACCAGGCGACUCUCUCCUACAGACAGCUCCCUCUGCUCCUUUAUCAGAUCACCCGUAAAUUCAGAGAUGAACCAAAGCCUAAGUUUGGUCUGCUUCGAGGGCGGGAGUUCUACAUGAAGGACAUGUACUCAUUUGAUGUGAGUGAAGAAGCAGCUUUCGAGACCUAUGAAUCUGUGUGCCAGGCAUACACCAGGCUCUUCGCCCGGCUCGGUCUGCGCUGCGUUCAGGUGCAGGCGGACACGGGCAACAUUGGUGGUAAACUCUCCCACGAGUUCCAGCUGCCAGCAGACAUCGGUGAGGACCGGAUUCUGGUCUGUGGGAACUGCUCUUUCUCUGCUAAUGUAGAGACCCUGUCACAAGAAACAAGUGACUGCCCUAACUGCAAAACUGGCAAGCUGGAAGAAUCAAAGGGUGUAGAGGUUGGCCACACCUUUUACCUGGGUAAAAAGUACUCUAAUAUAUUCAAUGCCACCUUCAGCAGUGCCCAGAACAAGCCUUGUAUUGCAGAGAUGGGCUGCUAUGGUCUUGGAGUGACCCGUAUUCUCGCGGCAGCCAUUGAGGUAUUGUCGACAGAAGAGGGGAUCCGCUGGCCUGGCCUUCUCGCCCCCUACCAGGCCUGUGUUGUGCCCCCAAAGAAGGGCAGUAAGAUGGACGGGGCGGCAGUCUUAGCUGAGGAACUGGUUCACACGUUGGGAGAGACUCUGCCUCGUUUGAGAGGGGAAGUUGUUUUUGAUGACCGUACCCAGAUGACCAUUGGGAAAAGGCUGAAGGAUGCCAGCAGACUCGGCUACCCGUAUGUGAUUGUGGUGGGACAGGGAGCCCUGGAGGAAACUCCCAGGUUUGAGGUUAUCUGUCAACUGACAGGUGAGACAAUGUUUCUCAGUAAAGAUGGACUCUUAGAUCUACUAGGAAGAGUGGAAACUGUAUGAAUAACAACUGUGGAAAUAAAAGUUGUAUUUUAUG